AUGCCCCUCCCACAUCCCAAUUCCCUCGUCCCCGCCUUCUCCCGGGCUCUCACGUCCUUCCAGUCUUCGUCGGAUGCCCUCCGCAUCCUCUGCACUCUGCCCCACGUCUCCAACACCCCCGCGCCGCGCCGGCCGUCCCACCCGGUCCGGGACCUCAUCAUCCUCGACUCGAGCUUCAACCCGCCCACGCUCGCGCAUGCGGGCAUGGCGCGGUCUGCGCUGCGGGCCCACGGCAGCAGCAGACUCAUGCUUCUACUUUCUGUUAACAAUGCGGAUAAGGCGCCCAAGCCGGCGAGUUUUCCGAUCAGAUUGGGCAUGAUGGAGGCUUUGGGGAGAGAGUUGGUUAGUGAGGUUGAGGGGUUGGAGGUUGAUGUUGCAGUCACUACGAUGCCGUUUUUCCACGACAAGGCGAGGGCGAUUGUUCAGUCAGGGUUCUACGGGGAGGUGACACAGACGUUUCUCGCUGGGUUCGACACGCUGGUUCGCAUAUUCAACCCAAAGUACUACGGCGAAGGAGGAAUGCGACUUGCGCUAGGACCGUUCUUUGACACUGCGAAAGUGAGGGUGACUACAAGACCGGAUGUGACGUGGGGAGGUGUUGAAGAGCAGAGGGCUUGGUUGACGCAUGCGAAGCUGGGAGAGGUUGGGGGUGAUGAUGCGUGGGUUGGGAGGGUUGAGAUUGUGGAGGGUGAUAAGGGUGGUGAA